AUGCUCUUUCCAUCCUUAAUCACCAUGACAAAAUUUGAGGUGGUUUUUGUCGCUACACCAGCCAUCGGAAACAUUGUUCCCGUCGUCGAAUUCGCCAACCAUCUAAUCAAACACAGCCCUUUAUUCUCUGCUACCAUUUUCACCUUCACCCUCCCACAACGACUACUCGUUAACACUUACAUCCAGUCUCUUGCUUCCUCCGCCGCUAAUCUCCGCUGCAUCCACCUCCCUCCCGUAGACCCUCCCACAACCGAUCAGUAUCAAUCAUUCGUCACUUACAUCUCCCUCCUCAUACAAAACCAAAAAAAUAACAUCAGAAACGCACUCCUAAACCUCACAUCAUCAACCAAGUCAACUUCCGACUCGGCUAAACUCGCUGCUUUGUUCGUGGACAUGUUCUCCACCACCCUCAUCGAUGUGGCCAACGAGAUUUCCCUCCCUUGCUACCUCUUCUUCGCGUCGCCGGCGAGUUUCCUCGGAUUCAUGCUCCACCUUCCAAGUACUGAAUCGCUAGAAUCGGAAACUGAGUUUGAAAUCCCGAGUUUCAAAAAACCGCUUCCGAAACGCGUUUUACCUAGCUUGUUGAUGAACAAGAAAACCGGCGCUUAUUCGUGGAUGUCAUAUCAUGCAGAAAGAUACAAAGAAACAAAGGGUAUAAUCGUAAAUACAGUACAAGAGCUUGAGCCUUAUUCUCUUCAAUCACUUUACACCGAUUUAGAUCUUCCACCGGUAUAUCCAAUUGGACCGAUUCUUGACCUUGAUGGACCGGCUCAAUGGGAUCCAAACCCGGUUCAAUAUAAUUACAUCAUGGAGUGGCUCGAUAUGCAGGCUCCUGGUUCUGUGGUUUUUCUUUGCUUUGGUAGUUUGGGAAGUCUCGAAGUGAAACAGGUAGAGCAAAUUGCUAUUGGGCUUGAGCGGGCUGGGAUUAAAUUCCUAUGGGCUUUAAGGGAACCGCCCAAAGCCCGGUUAGAUGAUCCAAGGGAUUACGCGAGUUACGAGAAUGUUCUACCGGAUGGGUUUUUAAAACGAACGGUGGGGAUGGGUAUAGUGUGUGGGUGGGUCCCACAAGCGAAGGUGCUGGCCCACAAGGCAGUAGGUGGAUUCGUUUCGCACUGUGGUUGGAAUUCCAUAUUGGAGAGUUUGUGGUACGGUGUACCAGUUGCCACGUGGCCGGUUUAUGCAGAACAACAGAUGAAUGCGUUUGAGAUGGUUAGGGAAUUGAGAUUAGCGGUAGAGAUUAGGUUGGAUUAUAAGAAGGGUGAGGAUUUGGUGCGGGCGGAAGAAGUUGAGAAUGUUGUUACUAAGUUGAUGAACGGUAGUGAUGAGAUUAAGAGGAAGGUUAAAGAUAUGAGUGAAAAUUGUAGAGUGGCUUUGACCGAGAAUGGAUCGUCUUAUAAUAAUCUUGUGUCCCUUGUGAAAGAAUUAACAAAAUAG